AUGUCCCCAUUUUACAAUGAGGAACGGAGGCAAAAAGGAGUGAAGUGGCUUGUCAAGAACCACAAGGAUAGUAAGUGUCUGAGGCUGGAUUUGAACCUCGACCUGCCUGACUGCAGGCCCGGUACUCUACACAUUGCAUUCCCUGGUUGCCCCUCAGUUUUCCAAAGAAGUGUAGAAAUCUGGGACCCAGACCUUCUUACAGACUACAGUUCCAGUCUCCGGUUCGAGUUCCCAGAGGUUCCAGUUCCUUCAUCUUAUCUCUUAAAGUUGGGAGAGCUGCAGCUGUAUACAAAUCCACACAAUUCCUUCUACACAACUGUGAAAAGAAUCUUCAUUCACCCUUCCUUCCACUGGAGAUCCUUUAAAGCAGACGUUGCUUUGCUACAACUGGACUCCCCCGUUCAGAUCACCCCUGUCUGCCUCCCAGCACCACAGAUCCACUUUCCUUCUGGCACCCUGUGCUGGAUGACUGGGUGGGGAAAAACCACAAAUGGUCCUGCCUCAGUCUUACAAGAAGUCCAGCUUCCCCUGAUUGAUGCUAAGGCUUGUGAUAUCCUAUACCAUACCUAUAAACGCACAGAUUCAAGGCGAUCCAAAAUUCAAGAUGACAUGAUUUGUGCUGGAUACAAGUGGGGCAAAAAAGAUGCAUGCCGGGGUGAUUCCGGAGGUCCUCUUGUCUGUAAGAACAAUAAUACUUGGUUCCAGGUUGGGGCCGGGAGCUGGGGAAUAGGUUGUGGCCUACGCAAUCGACCAGGAGUUUAUGUCCGGGUCCAGGCUUACACAGAUUGGAUUCAAACCACCAUCACCAACUUUGCUCCAGUCAUAAUUUCAGGGCCUGCUUUGCUGCUGACAAUGGUUCUUCUCAUUAUCCAAUGA